AUAUAGUAAACACUAUAUUACAACAAAAACAGUAGUUUACAAAUCGAUAAGUGUCAACUCCAAUAAUUAUUUAAUUUUCUAUGUUAAAAUGUGAACCAAUAUUUAAUUUUUAGCAUAAUGUUGAGAUGUUGCAGGAAAUAGUUUAUGUUUGUGGAAUCUUUUUUGAAAUUUUAUAUUAUGUAUCAGGGCAUUGUGUGGAUAUACAUUCACAAAUUAUAUCACAAGGUUUACAUUAUGUGCCUGGACCAAAUAGUUGUACCUUAUGCAUUUGCGACAAAGGUGGCCCUAAAUGGUGCAAAUCUGUUUUGUGUUCGCAACCUCAGAACUGUAAAUCAUUCCAAAGAGGGAAUUCGUGUUGCGAAUUUAAAUGCCUCGACGACAUAUUAACGGCAAACGAUACUUAUAAAGAUACGUACGAUUUAGCAUUGAGACUUAUCGCUAGCGCAGUUUUUGUUAUUUUAACUCUAUCACUCUUAUUUUUUGUUAUUCAUCGAUUUCGUAGACAUAAAUUACGUGUUCAGCAACAAAGGCCAUUAGGAGAUGAUCAAAGAAGUUUAAACAGUAUUGGAUACAUUACCGGUAGCUUAGGCUAUCUUCCUGGGAACAUUGGUGACUUAGAAUUCCAUUAUGAAGAGUCUAAUGGUCAUUUUUCAUUGUGGAAACCACCAGGUAAUUACUUUCCAAGAGGAGAAGCACCACCGCCAUACGAAGAGGCAAUACGAAAUAAUAACGUAGAUCCUAGUAUAGUACAUAAUCAAACGCUGGUUAUCAGUGCAGUUAGUGAUACGGGGGUGCAGUCACAUCAAGUUAGAUCUGCACGUUGUACACCGACUCGUGUUCAAUGUAGACAUCAACGGUUAAUAAAUCGGGCUAGUAACAUACAAGAAUAUGCGAACGUAACGUUAGAAACGGAAAAUGCUCAGCAUACGCAACCCCUAAUCAAAUUGCAUAAAAUUUCCAACAGUGUGGGGCAUACUUCACAUUCCUAUAUGCGCACCAAUCAAAAUGAGGGCAUUACAACAGAAAAAACCUCCAAAAAUUGUGAUUCGGUAGAAAAAUCAAAGUCUUAUGAAAACAUUGUAGCUGCCAGAAAAAGUGAUAAGCAGACCCGUGUGAAUGAUGAAAGAAAAUCCUCCACCCAAAAAAAUGAUGCCGAAGGAUCGAAGUUGGAUGAAAAUAAAUUGAUGUUUCUUAAGUACGAAAACUUCUUAGUGAGAAAUUCCAUCGCCAAAGAUACACGUACUGGUGUCAUGGUGAAUAGACUUCCGAAUGAAAGUAGUAGUAACAAUAACGAAGCAUUAUAUGUUAACAUUAAUCGCCAUGACAACACCAGACAUAGGACAAUACCUAUUUCAUCUGAGUCCCACAACAAGCACAUGCACACGAUUAAAGAAAGUAGAAGUAAAGAUAAUCUAUUUUUACUAGCCGCAACUUCCAAAGAGUACAAAGAUUUAUCUUCGCACCGCACUUUGCCAAAAAAUCUAAAAGAGCUGACCGUAUCGGUCAGCUCGAACAGUGAUGGCCUAACUAAUAAUUUAACGAAAAAGGCCGAAACCGAUAACUGUUCGCACAGAUUUAUUUCGAAGCAGAGCAAUUGUGAUGCUAUCUUAUCGUUGAAUUUAAUUAAAUCUCACAUUAAUUUAACCGAAAAGGUACAUAAAGAUGGGCUGCAUUCGGCCACAUUCUCAUCAGGCAAUUUAGAAAAUAAGGUCGAGGAGAAAUCAAAAGUUGGCACGGAACAUCAUAGUUUAUUUUCGUAUAGGUCCUUGUCACCUUCUCAAGAUGAAGAUGAUUACAGGAGUGAAUGCGAGAACUGUAAAUCUGCUGAAGUAACGCACAUGGAGGAGGAACAGGAUGUGUUUAAUGAAACGAUGACAUUACAAAGGAGGCCCGAAACCAGCGAAGAAGUUCCGUAUUAUCGUACUUCUCUUACACUGCCUACUCAAAUUCGAAAGCCCAGGGCUGUGACUCCUAAUCCUGGUCGUAACGGUUGGUUUAUGGCUAUGCAGGAAAUUUCCAGUAGUGAAGAAUCUGAAUAGUAUGUUUUUUGAAGUUCGGUUAUGAUUCUGUUUAUUUCAGUUGUUGAGCGGAAUAAUAUAUUUUCAAAUGUUUUGCUCCAAAAAUAUUCAAUAUAUUUCUUUUAGAUUUA